AACGUAGUAAGAGAUCAAUUUGUACACCACGUAAGCCAACAAACCAGCCUGAUGUUUAUUGGAUAAAUGAUAAUGGUGGACCAGGCUUCUGGUAAGUAUCAAGUUGACGUGUGUGUGUUCAUAUUCUGGGCUGAGGGUGUUACUCAGUGGCUUCCUGUCACUGUUAUAAGCCUACAGCCUCACAUGAGGAAAUCAAAUCCACCAGUGUGCUUCUGAAGAAAAGGUUGAGAACAGUAGCCACUGUUCAUUUGUCAAUGUGUCUUUUACACGAGGACAGGAGACCGGGCUGCUAAGAUGGAGCGUUCCGAGCCUGGAAGGUGUCAACUAGACUGCAUGGACUCUGAAAUAUCAACGCUCUCUCUAUCUGCACCUAUAGGUACUCUCUCCAGGAUGUCAGUGGCCCGGUCCAGCCCGGGUACCCCUGAUCGACCUUCCGCCCCCGGGCCCCUCCAGGCACCUCUCGGCCCUGCCUUGGUCCAGUUCCAGCUAGGCCUCUUCAGGGAGGUGGUAUGGGUGCCUAGGGGGCAGCUCAGCUUUCACCACGCCAAGAGACUGGCGGCAGAGGUCAUAGAACGCAAGGCUCCAGACUGCAGUGUGGUGGGUGUAGGGGAGAAGGUCCUCCUGUUUAGACACCAGCCUGGCUCAGAACACCACCUCCACAGACUCACAGACCAGGAUCCACUGCUGGACGGUGACCUCAUAGAGGUCAUCCUCUCAGGAUCAGCUGCUGUGACGGAGAUGAAGAUCCGCCCACACUCCCUGGCUGUCCAAUCAUAUCGCACCCCCACCUUCUGUCACCACUGUGGUGAGAUGCUGUGGGGACUGAUACGUCAAGGGUUAAAAUGUGAAGGUUGUGGGUUAGACUUCCAUAAGCGCUGUGCGCUGCAGUUGCCUAGUGACUGUAGCCGCGCACGGCGUCGUGUGUGUGGCCCCAGCCUGUCCCUGUUCCCCCCUGGCAGGCCCCGGACGCACUCCCUCUCCACACCUGCAGGAGGCAGUCUAGAGGAGAUCAGCAUGUCCAAGCCCAAGUCCAGACCCCCGUCAUGGACAGAUCACCCGGUGUGGCUGGGGGUGGGCCAGGGAAAGGAUGGUGAGAUGGGCAGGGCCAGGGUGCCCCACACCUUCCACAUCCACAGCUACACCAAGCCUACUGUGUGCCAGCACUGCCGCCACCUCCUCAAAGGCCUCUUCCGCCAAGGCCUGCAAUGCACCGACUGUAAGCUGAACUGCCAUCGUCGCUGUGAGAGCUCCCUGGUCCCCGCAGACUGUCCCGGAGAGAGGAGGAACACCAAUGGGGAAGGAGACUCAGUGUCCAGUCUCGGCUACAAGAACGACACAGAGGAUGAUGAGGAGGAUAUGAGCUUGAGUUUAACAUCACUAGAAGACGAUGACGACGAGCCGUCUACAGAGGUUCCAUUUGCUGAGAACAAGGAAGUGGGACAUCAGCCACCAAUCAUUCCAUGUUUCAGUAGUUAUAUUCCUCUAAUGCGGGUAGUCCAGUCAGUCCGUCACACUAAAAGACAGGCCAGUGGAGUACUGAGAGAGGGUUGGCUACUCCAUCACACCAACACUGACACACUGAGGAAACGGCAUUACUGGAUAUUGGACUGGAAGAGUAUCACUCUGUACCAGAACGAGAUCAACACCAAGUACUACAAGGAUAUUCCUCUAUCUGAGGUGCUGCAGGUACGAGGCCCUGCCCAGUUGUCUGUCCCCUUGUUGCCCGGCAACAGUGCCCACUCCUUCGAAGUGGUGACGGGCACGCUGGUGUACUGUGUGUUGGCGGGCCGGGACGGACAGGCCUGGGAGACCGCCGUACGCCGGGCUCUGAUGCCCGUGCUGAACAGUGGGCAGGUGGCCAAACUGGGACAAGACCAUGAACCCCAGAGUGGAAAAAGCCCGGAUGUCAGCUCAGUGUAUCAGAUCUUCACUGAUGAGGUGCUGGGUUCAGGACAGUUUGGAGUGGUGUAUGGAGGCACCCACAGACAGUCUGGUCAGCCAGUGGCCGUCAAGGUCAUCGACAAAACCCGUUUCCCUACCAAACAGGAGAGACAGUUGAGGAACGAGCAGGCAAUUCUACAGAAUCUGUCCCACCUCGGUAUAGUUCUACUGGAGGGCAUGUUUGAGACCAUGGAGCACGUAUUCAUUGUCAUGGAGAAGCUCCAUGGAGAUAUGCUGGAGAUGAUUCUAUCCAAUGAGAAGGGCCGACUGCCAGAGCGCACCACACGUUUCUUGGUUACACAGAUUCUAGAGGCCCUGCGCUACCUGCACUUCAAACACAUCGCUCAUUGUGACCUGAAACCUGAGAAUGUACUGCUGGCCUCCCCAGACUCUUUCCCUCAGGUAAAGCUGUGUGACUUUGGUUUUGCGCGCAUCAUCGGCGAGAAGUCGUUCCGCCGGUCUGUGGUGGGCACGCCGGCCUACCUGGCACCCGAGGUCAUCAGUAGCCAUGGUUACAACCGCUCGCUGGACAUGUGGGCGGUGGGUGUGGUCCUGUACGUCAGCCUGAGCGGAACGUUCCCCUUCAACGAGGACGAGGACAUCAGACAACAGAUCACCAAUGCUGCCUUCAUGUACCCCCGCCUGCCCUGGUCUAACAUCUCACUAGAGGCCGUGAGUCUUAUCAACAACCUGCUCCAGGUUGCAGUAAGGUGUAGGUUCAGUGUGGGAAAAGCACUGGGACACCCCUGGUUACAGGACUUCCAGUUGUGGUGUGACCUGAGGGAGUUUGAGAAGAGAAUGGGCUGCAGGUACCUGACCCACGAGGGGGACGAGGACCGCUGGAGAUGCCACGCCUUGGACAGGGGCCUGGUCUUCCCCUCUCACCUCACCUGGACCCCCGGGCACGAUGACAGCCUGUGACCCUAGGCCCAAAUGUCAAAGGUGAAGGGUCGGACAAGAUGGCUUCUGGACUACUGGUGUGUUUCAGUGGUGUUCAGCAUAAACAACUGUCUGGAUGCUGUUAGUGGAAGGUGGAGUGGAGUCUGUUUUUAUAGCAGUCUCGUAGAAAAAGAUCACUGGAAGAGAUGACGACUCCAGAUUCGGACACAGUGACAAAUCCUGGACUUUAUGGUGCCCUAGUGGUGCCAGCUCUUGUAGUGGUUAUUUUUUAAUAAAUCAUAAUAUUAAGA